AUGUUCAACGACAUCACUCAGCCCCCACCCCCACUUCCGGCCUUACGGCGGACUGACCUGGCACCGGGAAUCUCGACCUUGUUGCCCUUGUCACGUCGGGGACAUGGGCCUGGGCUCAUUAUACUUGCUCCCGAUACAGACCAGUCCUCAUCGAUCAUUGACGGUGUCCCGUCUCAUCUGAUCAAGUGGGCUGAAGAGGGCUACGCUGUAGUUGAGAUUCAACGGCAGGCUCUGACAGAGAGCCCAGAGCAGGCACUCGUCAAAUCAGUCCAAGCGCUGGAAGCUUGCGACAAGUGCGAUCCAAAGGGACAAAUCGGCCUGAUAGCCUACGAUUCCGAAUUAUGGAACGGCGCAGUCCCGGCUUUGGAAACGGUUCCAACAAUCGUCGCGGGUGUCGUUUACGGCAAUGCUUCCAGCUGCUCAAUCUCACAAUCUGUCAAGUUCCCGAUCCUGAGACAUCUAGCUGGGAAAAGACCGGACGUCCCGAGUCAGGAAGACAGUCCAAAGACCUUCUAUUAUCCGAAUGCUAAAUCGCACCUAUUUGCAACGCCCUUCCAAGAUGAAUUUGACUACUGGGCAGAGUCUGUCUCGCAUACUCGCACGUUGCAAUUUCUCAAGCCUAUCAUGAACGGCCCCUAUUUCGACCUUGAACGGAUCUGGGAAGAGCACACCUAUUAUGAAUUUGCCGACCGUUCCGUUGAGCAUACCAUGAGUACGAUGGUGGAUCAGCCUUAUGUGAACCACGUCCCCACGUUGACUGGUGGCAUUGGACGCGAACCACUGUCUCGGUUCUAUUUGCAUCAUUUUAUUUUCAACAAUUCGGACGACACAGAUCUCGAGCUGAUCAGUCGAACAGUGGGUAUCGACAGGGUGGUGGACGAAUUCAUUUUCAAGUUUACCCACGAUAAGCGGCUCGAUUGGCUACUGCCAGGAGUUCCUCCGACACGCAAGCAUGUGGGGGUACCAUUCACAGCCGUGAUUAAUAUCCGGGGAGAUAGACUCUACCACGAGCAUAUCUCUUGGGACCAAGGAUCGGUUCUCAGACAGCUGGGCUUGAUGCCCGAGUACUUGCCGUACCCUUAUGCUUUACCUGACGGCGGUCAGCCGGCCGUCGGUCAGCGCUUCGAGUACCGCGUGCCAGUGGCCGGCAGCGAAUCAGCAGAAAAGAUGAGAGAUCGCAACUCGAUCCAAUCAAACCAGAUGUUUGAGUAUGGGAUUCGUGAGGUGCCUGAGUGA